AGCCGAAAGAGCAACUGCCGACAGUAUGUACGGAGAAAUGGAGUUACGCGAGGUGAAUCGAAGCUUCGACGUCGAGGAGGAAACUACGGAACUGCUACCGUCCUCCCAACGCGAUAACACGGAAGUCGAAAGCUAUUUCAUCGAUUACGCUAUUCAGAAGGAAAUAAUAAAUCGCAAUCGAUGCCCCGCCAGUCGUCGUUUGCUCAGUCAAACGGCUCACUUGGCAGAUUACAACUUCGCCAAUGGCAAUCAAAAGGACUCAGCGUCGCCGUUCGGUAUCAGCAUGAUCCACACGUCGAACGCGAAUUGGCCUCCUUCUAGAAAGAGAGAAGAGGCGAGAGCGUUGGAGAAUCUACGAAAACGAGUGGAGCAGUCGAAAUUGUACAAAGCGAGCACGGUGACAGACACUUGCGAAUCGACCUCGGCGUCGAUACUGAAUGAACGGGCUCAGCUCGACAAUCGGCCGAAGCUAUGGAAAAAGAUCCUGAGUAACAGGCCGAUGAGUAUCGCGCACGACAGUAACGAUUUGGAGACUGACUGGCGAGACAGCGAGUUUAUUACCGAAUGUCUGUGCUGGCACAACGUCUAUCGGCAAAGGCACAACUCGCCGCCUUUAACGAUGUCGCCGCAGUUAUGCGAAUACGCACAAACGUGGGCCAACCAUUUGGCACACACGAACACGUUUUACUAUAGAAACGAUCGAGGGGUAGGACACAAUCUCUACUGUCGGCCCGGCGGAGCUAUUACUACGGACGUAACCGGGCAAGACGUCGCGUCGUACUGGUAUUCCGCGGUAAAGCAAUAUGAUUUUUUGAAAGAACCGGACAUUCUCCAUGCCAAUGUGAACGCAGGUCAUUUCACCCAACUAAUUUGGGCGAGUAGUCGUUAUUUCGGAGUUGGCAAAGCUCGCAGCAGAAGCGGGAAGAUCAUCGUAGUAGCUAAUUAUCAGCCGGUCGGCAACGUGUCGGGACAAUUUCAAAGUAACGUGUUACCCCCUUUACCCGAGAACGUGAACGCUCUGUUAUCCUCCCCGCGACAGCCAUCCGUGAAAGUGUACCGCGAUCACUGCGUCACGUCCGAUUCCCCGCCGCUGGCGUCGUCCUCGGUGCCGCUCUCGGACACGGCGUCGAUCGACAGCGACCGUUCCUCGGUCAGUUCUGCGCAAUAAUACAGACGGCCGAGUUGCCUCUUCUGCGUUUGCACGCGCGGAUGGGACAGGCGUUGAACAGUUUUCUCCUCCCUCUCUAAUCCCCUUGCUCGGCUCACGUUCUGUCCUGACGAAUCUCGUUCUUUCGACUCGAAUCAGAGUCGUCGGAGAAACCGUGACAAUCCCGAAACGCAUUCGGAAGAUUUCGUUUGAGCGUACACGCGUUUGGUCGAAGAAACAAUCACGUUUCGUCGGGAACGCUUAUUUCCGUGACGAGGGACAGGGAGAAGGUACGAUGGAACGGAUGGAAAUUGCAAUUCAAACUUCGAUAUCGGCGUGCAACGUGGAACGGGCAUACGCGUAUAUACACAUGUACAAGGCCUAAAGCGGGAGUAAAUACCGGAACGUUUUCAGUUUUUCAUACAUUCCGAACAGCCUGCGAAGAGACCGCAAGACCUACUAUACGAAGUACGAAUUGCAUAUUGAGCUGCGAGUUAAUUUUCAUUUACGAACGACCUAUAUACGUAUUGUAAAGAGUCUUUCAAUCAGGAGGGAUAUUUUUAUCUCUAUUGGAAGCGUCGAAUAUAUUAUACAUUUUUUUUGUUAAAUUACCUAUUUCCGCUUGGCACGUGUACGUAUAAGUUCGAACUUCUCCUCCGACAGGAAAAUCUAACUUGUUAAAUAAUAUAAUGUACCUCAGUGGCUUAUUGUUACCGUAAUUUCUUGAUACUAAGAAUACAUUUCUAUCAAACGCGAGUUUUAUCGAAGCGAAAUUGUAAUGCGCGUACCUAUACUUAUAAAUACGUUAUCUCAUUGCAUGUUUACUCUUAAGAACACAUUUAGUUUAACGCGAAUGAGAGAAAUGUAAUCUCUCGGCGAACCCAGCCUUAAUGAAAGACUGUUUAAAAUUAUUUGUAUAGUUUACGCACAAUGUUCAGUAAAGAACUAGUUGCCUCAUAUGUAAAGAAUACGUAUAUAUAUACACGCAUUAUCCACAGGUAUUACUUAGGCUCGAAGCAGAUAAGCGAUUUUCCGUUUUGUAAACGUCUCGAUAACGUGUCUACAUAGAUGACCGUGCCUAAGUCCUACGUAUAACUGGAUCUAGUGUCCGUUUGCUUACGAUAAUAAAAUUCAUCCGGAGCUUGUCCAAGUUACACAGCAAUACGAAAGAGAUAUCGAAUACGUAGAUGCGAACUACGUGAAUGUGUAGAUUCCCCGCGUUAGGCAAUGCAGAGCCCUUUGCGUUACGACAUAUCGAAUUAAUUUAAUCUUUGGAUUUCCGAACAUUUUGCGAUGAGUAGAACGCGAAUUUCUAGGCCGUUUUACAAACAUGAUCAAAACAUUUAUAAUAAAGCGGUUCGUUUGAACACGGUACGUAGAGUGCUGUGUCGCAGGAACGGCAGAAGCUGUUAGUCCUUGAUAAUCAUGUAAAUAUCUACGUAUACGCUGUUAAUGUUGUUGAAACUUGAAACUUCUUCUAAGAACCGUCCGCGUUUAAAGUAUCAGACGUACUAUCAUUGCGUACGUCUGAGACGUCGUUGACUCGUUUGCCUGUGCAUGCCGCGAUACGAUGUAUCGUCUCUCUCUGUGUAAAUAUUUUUAGUUAGAAAGUAUGGUAAUUAUAAAAUUCCUAAUCCAGGAGGUAUCGUGCGUUAAGAAAGACACUUGCGCUUCCUAAUCGCUUGAUUCAAUAUGCGAAUAGAUUGGUAAUUAUAUCUCGAAUGUGUACCGACACCGUUGAACGACUCAACGGGCGACGUAUACGUCCUAUAGGCUGUGUAUAAUACAAGGUAGCGCUCGAAAUGAUUCGACGGAAAAAUGUUCCAGGAGAGUCGAACGGCGUCUCGAAGGAUACGUAAACUCGAAGAUGUAUAAUUUUUAUAUCUGAGACGUUCCUUCGUCGAAUCAUUUGAAAAGUUCUGCGCGACGUUGACAUAACGCUACGUACGCGCCGCAUACGCAUAUCCGUAUUCCCAAUAAUACUGCCAAUAAUCAGAUUUAUCGCUAACGAUCGAACGUACAACUGUCGUUCGUACGAUUUCACGAUGUUUCAGUUCCCUUAUCAAAGCGAUAGACGAUCAACAUAAUUUCGGCCUCUUACUAUGUGCGGCUCGCAAUAAUAGUGACAUGCGGCUUCAAUAGAUAUCAUGUUACUCGUAUAGUUUUAAUGGGCAAUUCUCAUCUCGUAUUAUACUUUUGAAAUGCUGAUAAUAAUUCGUUAUACGGUUGUUAUUUAUGAUGUAUCGCUCGUAUUUAGUAUAAGAUUACAGCGUUAAACUGAACAAUCGUGGCUGAUGAAAUAAAUUUAUCGAAAUACUA